AUGAAAUGCGAGGGUGCUCCACGCAGUAAACGCCGUCGCAAAACUACCACUCCUGUGGUAGUUUCUGAGUCGUCAGGGUACGACGGGCAGGGUGAACCCCACUCGCCCGGAGAGGCCCAUGACGUCGACUGCGGAGGAGCACCUUUGAUGAUUUCUGAAGAAGUGCGUUCCAAGAUCAGGUUUCCACCUGCGAGCGAGAAGGUGGUGUGGUGUAAGUUGGAGGCUACAUUAUGUGAGGUACUUAAACAAACUCUAAACAAGAAGUCGCUAGGCGACAAGCUUACUAAAUUUGGUGAUGUAAUAUAUGAACACUGCUCCCGCGAGUUCGGGACAGUAGUUAAGGCACAGCCGGGUGCCAAGCAGAAUACUAGCAGGAGGCAGAGGGACAUUCUGAAGUGUCGGGCAGACAAGAAUGCCCUCAGAAAACAGUUCAAAGCCGCUACGGGCAGCGAACGGGAGGGGCUGUACGAGGUGUGGGUGCAUUUAAAGAACAAACACAGUGCCCUCUGUCGCGCCGAGCGUUUCUGUAACAACAGACGAAGAACUAAAAGGGAGCGAGAGAAAUUCUUUAGGGACCCGUAUCAGUUUGCCCGAGGUCUAUUCGAGCAACCGAAGUCUGGGACUCUGGUUGUCAGUCAGAAAGAACUUGAGCUACAUCUAAGCAAGAUGUACUCUGAUAAGAAGAGGAGAGAGCCUCUUGAUGACAAUCCAGAGAUCCUUAGCGGACUCAAACAGCCUUCGGUGCCGAAGGUACCAUUUAAACUGGUACCUCCCCUUUGGUCUGAGGUUGAGGACGUUGUGAAAAAAGCCAGCGGCAAGUCUGCCCCAGGUCCGAACGGUGUUCCGUACGUUCUUUACAAGCGUUGCCCGAAAAUCCUUAAAAUGCUUCACGUCUUGUUGAGACAAGCGUGGAUCCGCAAUCACAUAUGUCCAGAGUGGUCAAAGGCAAAUGGGGUCUACAUUCCCAAAGAGCAGGACUCGAAGAGUCUUUCCCAAUUCAGGCCCAUCUCGCUGUUGAAUGUUGAGGGUAAGAUAUUCUUCUCAGUCAUGGCUCGCCGGCUCACACAGUAUCUGAUGACUAACAAGUACAUAGAUACGAGUGUUCAGAAGGGUGGUAUUCCAGGCGUUCCUGGGUGCCUUGAACACGCGACCAUGAUCUGGGAGGCUAUCCAGAGAGCCAAGCAUGAGAGAACCAAUUUGCACGUUAUAUGGUUGGACUUAGCCAACGCCUACGGGGCAGUCCCCCAUAGGCUACUGUGGCGAGCCCUUCGCAUGUUUCACGUACCGACACAGAUCAGUCAAAUGGUCGAGCAAUAUUUCUCCAAGUUCGCUUUGCGCUUCUCUACCUCGACGUUUACCACGAGGUGGACUGAGUUGCAGAUUGGGAUAGCUAUGGGUUGUACGAUCUCACCCAUACUGUUUGUCAUGGCAAUGCAGAUCAUGUUAGACGGGGCGGCCGGCUACGGACUGGGCCUUCAAAUAGGGGAUCACUGGUUGCCGCCACUGCGCGCAUUUAUGGAUGACACGACUAUUAUAACGGGCAGCGAGGAGUCUGCCCGCACGAUCCUGAAUAGAUUGGACGCGGUGGUCCAAUGGAGCGGUAUGCAGUUCAAACCGCAGAAGUCGAGGAGUCUGUCAAUCCAUAAGGGCAAAGUGUCGGCGAUCAGUUUUACGGUGGCAAGGAACAAGAUCCCUACGGUUCUGGAGGAACCGGUGAAGAGUCUCGGUCGCGUUUACGAUUCGAAGUUAUCUGACAGAGCGGAAGUCCGGCGAAUACAUGAGUCACUGGCUACAGGCCUGCUCGCGAUCGAGCGAUGCAGGCUGAUCGGAAAAUUCAAGGUAUGGUGUCUCCAAUUCAUGUUGAUUCCGAAGCUUCUAUGGCCACUGCUAGUCUACGAGGUGACGAUGACUGCAGUUGAAGCCAUGGAAAAGAAAAUCAAUACAGCCUUAAGAAAGUGGAUUGGAGCACCGCCUUGUCUGACCGACGUGGCUCUGUAUUGCAAACAGGCUAAGCUGGUACUUCCGUUCAAGUCGAUAACCGAAGAGUUUAAA